ACGGAAGGGAACGCGAAUACAGUGUUGGGUUGGAGCUGGGGUUGGGGCGCCGCUGUGGUGUUUGUAAGCGGGUUGCAGGUCUCUGCUAGACAGUGCAAUGCUAAAGGCCAUUGCAGAAUUGAGGGAAGGAGAGGCUUCGAUGUGGAAUUACGGCGGUUUUGAGUUUAGACUCAAGUUCUACCCUUCACACAGCUAAGGAGCUCGGCAUUGUGUCAGCAUUGUAACCUUAGGGACGGUGCCCAUAGAUAGAUAGAUAGAUAGAUAGAUAGAUAGAUAGAUAGAUAGAUAGAUAGAUAGAUAGAUAGAUAGAUAUCUUUACGAAAUAAUGUAUGUAAAACACUGGGUUCUGGGUUAAAGUGCGAUUGUGAUUCCGCCACCUUUCCUCCAUGCAUGGAGGAUGGUCUUUUGUUGCCGUUUUUUUUUCCAUUAUGACUGAGAAAUGUUUAGUUAGCGAGAGGUCGUGCAUCUCACAAAAAAUGAUGUGGAGUUGUCUAGUCCGGAUCUCUUUAUUCUCAAGUACACUGGCGAUAUUUUUGUUUUUUCUUUUCGGGAUUGGAGGUGUGGUAGUAGAAACGUCUGGUUCUUAUCCUUUUCUGAAGAUAUCCAAAGUCUCUCAUCUUAACGACAAAUCCGAUGUUGAAAUGUAGCUCUAAAAAAACCAAACAGACAAACAAACCUCUCCGCUUAAAUGCUGUGUCAGAAAUUAGCUGAUACCCUAAUGCCACUGAUAAACAGUUUUCUUUAAAAGUCUGUUAGCUUUCCAACUGUGGGACAGAACAGAACAUAAGUCUUCCUCCUUGAACCUCACUCAUUACAAUCACUGAAAUUUUUAUGAUAUUCACUAAAUUUAACAUUCCUUUAGAAAAUAGUUUAUUUUUAAGAGGAAGAUUGAAGUCAAUUCUAUAUUUACCUUUGUUUUAAAAAUUGCAUUAGGCUGAAAUUUGUUUUUAAAAGAAGAUUGUGUUUAUACAAGGCCUUACAAUACAGCUAGGAUUCAAGAAAAUGACCCCUUCUGAAAGAAAAGGCAGUUUAACAAGCAUUUGAAAAACUUUGGGCUACCCGACGAUUAUGGCAUCAAGAAACAUCUGGUCUAUAAGAAGGAACUUUCUCUUUGAUUUAAGAGGUUGCAUGCUCCAGUAUUCAACAGAAGUUUUCCUCAGGUCGAUUUCAUUCAGGCUGUUUAGUGUGGAGUGCAACAGUAAAGACAAGGAGUCUGUGGAGAAUGAGGACCUACUGAACAACUUGCGCACCAUGGGAGUUGACAUUGACAGUGCAAGGAGGCGACAGCCUGGAGUUUUUAACAGGGCUGUUACGAAUGAGCAGGAGCUGAAGAUAUUCCUUCUCUCCAAAGGAGCUAGUGACAAAGUGAUUGGUAGCAUCAUAUCAAGAUAUCCACGAGCCAUAACACGCACUCCUGAAAGUCUUUCAAAACGGUGGGAUCUGUGGAGAAAGAUUAUGGCAUCAGACCUUGACAUUGUAAAUAUUUUGGAGCGUUCUCCUGAAUCCUUUUUUCGGUCUAAUAACAACGUAAACCUGGAGAAUAAUAUAAAGUUCCUCUGCUCUGUUGGACUGACUCAGAAAUGCCUCUGCCGACUGCUGACCAAUGCUCCCAGAACCUUCUCCAACAGUCUGAAUUUGAAUAAACAAAUGGUUGAGUUUUUGCAGGAGACCAGUAUAUCCUUAGGUCACAAGGAUCCCACAGAUUUUGUCAGAAAGAUAAUUUCUAAAAAUCCUUCCAUCUUAAUUCAGAGUACCAAACGCGUGAAAACUAACAUUGAAUUUUUACAGUCAACUUUUAACUUAAACAAAGAGGACCUGCUGCUUCUGAUAUGUGGUUCAGGGGCUAGAAUCUUAGACCUUUCCAACGACUGUACCAAAAAAAACUACACAAACAUCAAAAAGAGGCUGCUUUCUCUCGGAUGCACCGAGGAGGAGAUACAGAGGUUUGUCCUAAGCUAUCUGAAUAUGAUCUUCUUGUCAGAGAAAAAGUUUAACGAUAAAAUAGGCUGCCUUAUGGAAGAAAAAAUCAGUAUGUCACAAAUAAUUGAAAAUCCGAGGGUGUUAGACUCCAGCAUAGAUACUUUAAACACUCGCAUCAGAGAGUUGUCACGUGCUGGGUAUGACGUGAGCACAUCCAGCAUCGCUCUGCUGUCCUGGAGUCAGAGAAGAUAUGAAGCUAAGCUGAAGAGACUGAGUGGAUAGGACAGCGCUGGAGGAGUCACGGGGAACCGGACUAGUGUGCUGCUUCCAGUUGGACUUUUCAAACAGGAGAGGUUUAUUGUUUUAAUAAAUAAUUUAAAAUAUUUAAGAUU